GUGGGCUAAAGUUUCACGGGCCUAACCUCAUUUAUGUUUUACGCACUCAAUUCGGGGCCUUCUUGAUAUAAGACCCCUUCCCGUCCAUCCCAAAACCCUAGAGACGGCGGACGCCUUUGUUACUUCUCGUCGGCACCGGAGGGCUUCUAGCAAUUGGAAGGACAUAGAGGCAGUGCUCCUGUUCAGCCGCAAUGUCUCCAGCCAAAGUUGACAACACAAAGAAAGCCGAUCCAAAGGCUCAGGCUCUGAAGGCUGCUAAGGCGGUGAAAUCGGGGCCAACCUUUAAGAAGAAGGCAAAGAAGAUCCGCACGUCGGUCACAUUCCACCGCCCAAAGACACUGAAGAAGGAGAGGAACCCAAAAUAUCCUCGUAUCAGUGCUCCUCCGAGGAACAAGCUCGACCAGUACCAGAUCCUCAAGUAUCCCCUCACCACCGAAUCCGCCAUGAAGAAGAUAGAAGACAACAACACCCUCGUCUUCAUAGUGGACAUCCGUGCAGACAAGAAGAAGAUCAAGGAUGCGGUCAAAAAGAUGUAUGAGAUACAGGCGAAGAAAGUGAAUACUUUGAUAAGGCCCGAUGGGACCAAGAAGGCAUAUGUGAGGUUGACACCGGACUAUGAUGCCCUUGACGUGGCAAACAAGAUUGGCAUUAUUUAAGCACUUGCAUGAGCGGACCAUGCUGGCAUUUUUCUUUCUUUCAACUGUAAGACAAUUUUGCUGAGUGAUUGAAAGAGGAGAUUCAGCAACUGCCCAACUUUUUACUUGUUAGCCUUUCGAACUUUGUGCGCUUGUUACAGAAACUAGGGAAAAGAGGUGUUUCUAGAGCUGGUAAACUUUCAGGAUGCGAGACUUUGCUCUCGUGUUGUCUGCAAGAACCUCAAAACUAUUUCCGGGGUAGCCUUGUGCUUGUAGCUUUCUCACUUAAGAAUGAUUCCAUAGCCUAAUUCUUCCUAA